AUGAUAUCCAGAUGCAUAUUCAAUUGCUCUAGGAGGAUUGUUUUAUAUAAUUCGAUUACCUCAUAUUCUCACAAGAGACUUGGAUUAUUGAGCACACCGAAUAAGGGCUAUAGAUCCAACGCAUCCGACAGUAGGAGUGUCGCUAAGGCUAAGAUCGACGAUCCUCAGCUAAUGAUAGCAUUUACUUGCAAGAAAUGUAACACAAGAUCAUCACAUACGUUCUCAAAGCAAGCAUACCAAAAGGGGACUGUGGCAAUACAAUGCCCAGGGUGCAAAAAUCGUCAUCUUAUAGCGGAUAAUCUCAACAUAUUUAAAGAUAAAAAGGUAAAUUUAGAAGAUAUUCUUAGAGCAAAAGGCGAAUCUAUAUCAAAGGACGCCAACGACCUUGUCUUUGAAGACAUACCUGAUAGUCUUAAAAAGACUAUAGGUCACCAUGCCAAGGAUGCACCUGCUGAGUACAGAAAGGAAACAGAAAACGGGGAUAUUAGAGGGUUAAACGAACCGAAAAAACCAAAAGGGGAAGAGAGAUGA